AUGACAGAAAUAAAAAAGGUUGUUGUCGAUGGAGUGUUGAAGUUCAAGAAUAAUGUCUUCAAAAAGGUUCAAAAGUGUUUAUUGAUGGAAAGAAAUGACGAUAAAUCCAAGGAUGUGAAAAAAGGUCAUUUUGUUGUGAUGGCUGAGGAUGAAGAGGAAAUAAAGAGAUUUGUUGUGCCAUUGAGAGUUUUAACAAAUCCAAUGUUUGUGAGAUUAUUGGAACAAGCAGGUGAAAAAUAUGGAUUUAAGGGAAAUGGUGCAUUAACUGUUCCUUGUAGACCAAAUGAGUUUCAGAUGUUGAUGUUAUUAGGGGAAAACAAUUAG